AUGCCGCCAAAGAAGAACUAUACAGACCCAAAACUCCGAGAUCAGGUCAAGAAGGAUGUCCAGGAAAGCGACAAGGGCGGUGCUCCAGGACAGUGGUCAGCCCGCAAGGCUCAAUUCAUGGCCUCUGAGUACAAAAAACGCGGCGGAAACUACACUACGGAGAAGAAGGACCAAGAUGACUCUCAGAAGAAUUUAAGCAAAUGGUCGGAGGAAGAAUGGCAGACCAAAGAAGGUAGCGGCAAUGCCAAAAACGAAGAUGGCACGCAGCAACGUUAUCUUCCCAAGAAGGCCUGGGAGCAGAUGGAUGGUCAAGAGAAGAAAGAGACCGAAGAUAAGAAAUUAGCAGGUAGUCAAAAGGGCAAACAGUUUGUUGGCAACACAACCAAAGCCAAGGGCUCAAGGAAGAAGACCAAUGAGGAGGAAGCUGCUGCUUACGAGGAGAAGAAGGAAGACGAGAAGCAGAAAGCUAAUGGUAAUGACGAAGCAGCUUCGGCCGAUGAGGAUGAAGAAAAGAAAGACGAGUCCAAGCCUAAGACUGGCCUGAAGCGUGGUAGAGGUGCAGCCAAGGGUGCCACGAAAAAGCAGAAGAGCAACAGCGGAAAAGCAAAAGAGCCGGAAACGAUGGGAUCGAAGCAUGACAAGGCCACGCCUCCAGCCAAGCAAGCUACCAACGAUCGCUUGCCAAAGAAAGAUCAGACAGUGACUUGGAGAUCAAUGCCGGGCUGGGUCGAAGGUACCGUCGUUGAAAUAACACGCGAGAGCAAAAGCGUCGAGGGAAAAUCGUUCAAAGCCAGCAAGAAUGAUCCUACAAUUGUACUCAAGAGUAAUUCUGGGAAAAUAUGUGCACACAAAGCAAAGUCCCUUUAUCUAUCCGGCUUCAACUGCCAGUUCAGGAUUGUGAACCUCUUCACCUCCUACGACUUCUCCCACGUCCUCGCCCUGCCAGCUAGCCAUCUUCUCUUGGGUCGCAAUGGCAGCACAGCAAAUACCUCGGAUGCCACGACUGUUAAAGCCCUGACUGCUCCUGGGAAUCAGGAUGUCCAAAAAGAUCCUAACAACGCCCAGUCAUGGGAAGCGCAAUUCCAAGAGAAUCCGUUCUCUUACCAGCCGAGCGGCACCAAUAUCAAGAUAGUAUUUACACACCAUGGCAGCUCAGCAGGUAUAUUGCCGGAAAUGGUGUACAACAUGACUGUCAUUGGAUUGUCGGAUGUGGUAGCUCUUACUAUAGCUGGAAAAGGCUCCCUCAUAUUGCCAGAUGUCGAAAAGAGAGUAGGAGGAUUUGAGAAGAACUACCCACCCUCGCUGCUGGAAUUUGUACUUGGCUCAGAUGAAAAAGCUGCGGACGUCGCAAAUCUCCAAACAGUCGCAGACAUCUUCAAAGGUUUCCAGGAGAUGACACAUCUGAUGACGGUCGAGGAGACGAUCUAUGGUGUGUUCGAUUUGACCAAAGAUGACCAGCCCAUUUUUGCCGAAGGAUGCUUAGCUUAUGACUGCUCUGAUGGAACCCAAAUGCAAUCGACCAAUACACAACCAUACGAGCUUGCGGCCCCUGUAACGAACCAACCUCAGGUCGGAUCAACGAAAAGUGAAUCCUGGACUAUCCUGAGCGACGCGGUAGGCGUCAAAAUCGACGUGACGAAUGACGCAAACGGCGUUCCAGUACAGCAUUGGAACUUUGCAGACGCGGCCGUGCAAAUGAUGUGGAUGAUGAUUCCUCUGAUAAAGGAAGAGGGAGGAGACCAUCAACUGCCACGAGACUCAUCGUUCAACAAGCCUGGCUUUCGCGCAGCGUCACUCUGGCCCUCAGACUUCCGUCUUAAUUUCUGGCAGCCAGGGAAGGCAACGAAUGAAUUCACUCUGAGCGUGUUGGCUAAAACAUUGGCAUUGCUGCAACAGACAUUUGAUAAAAACAGCUUGGUUGAAUCUCGAUUGACAAUCCACGUUCGCACGGCAGGAGACACCGAUUGGCAAGUCGUAGGAGCUGGCUGUCUAUCCUACACCUUACUUGAAGGCAAAAUCUGCAACACCGCAGAUAAUGCACCUACUGCGACAGCUGGUAAUUCAACAGCUGCGACAAGCCAGCAACCUGCGGUGGUGCUACCUUCGAGUGUCGCGACAUCAUGA